AUCACUUCAAUUUAUAUUUAUAGAUCGUAUCUCAAUAUGUUAACAAAUACAAUUAGCAUCAUAUUCAUUCUCUGUAUUGGCUUUGUGAAGAUUCAACGAACGACAUGUAUGUUGGAAGAUACGACAGCAUACGAAGAGAAAGCAAGAGAUAGAAUGUUAAGAGGUGCUAAGAACAUUAAAUCAAAAAUAGGUGAAAAAACAAUACUUGUUGCUAUAUUUGUACGAAAUAAGGAACAUUCGUUGCCAUAUUUCCUACGGGGACUUGAAGAUUUGAAAUAUGAUAAAGAACUGAUGUGGCUGUGGAUUGUUUCUGACCAUAAUCGAGAUAACUCCACAAAGCAACUGGAAGCCUGGGUAGAAGUUUUCAAAGACAAAUAUGCAAAGAUUGAAUUUGAGAAACCAGAUUUACCAGUUGAAUACAACGAACAAAGGAGUGAUUUAGAUUGGACAAAUGAUAGAUACAUUCGACUGCUUAAGCUGAGACAAUUUGCCUUGAACAAAGCCAGAAAGAUUGAUGUCGAUUUCAUUUUAUAUAUUGAUGCUGAUAAUAUUUUAAUGAAUCCAUACACUUUAAACUACCUCACUGAGAAAUCUGAGACGAUCAUUGCACCCAUGUUGAACUCAAAUACCGAUUAUUCUAAUUUUUGGGGUGGUGUAGACGAAGAGGGUCAUCAUGAAGAGAAUGACUUGUACGAGGAAAUAAGAACUCGUGAACAAACUGGCACUUAUUAUGUUCCAUUAGUACAUUCGACAUUCCUGAUAAAUUUGAGAAAUGAAGAUUCGGAAAAUGUUAGAUUUUUACCAAUUCCACCCUGUUACGACUACAAUUUUAAUGAUAACAUGAUUUUUCGUUACCAGUGUGAUUUAAAGGGCGUUCAUAUGUAUAUUGACAAUUCCGUCUUUUAUGGGUAUUUACCAGAACCACAACACAAUGACGAAGAUCUAGAAGAUGAAACUUACAAUUUUUUGAGAAUGAGGAUGGACGCUAUGACAAAACCUCCAAAAGGCGUUGGAAUAUCAUUAAGAAAGUCUUUUCACGUUCGAGAUAAGAAUGUUAUCGCCGAUUUACUAGUUGAUCAUGUAUUUGUUGUUAGUUUAGAACGAAUGCGCGAUCGCAGAUUACGGAUGACCAGAAGCUUCGCAAUGUAUGGAAUCAAUUACACAUUAUUUGAGGCUGUUGAUGGAGAGAAACUAAACAAAAGUUAUUUGGAUAGUCUCGGCAUCAAAGUACUUCCAGGUUACAAAAAUCCGGAUGACGAUAGCAAUAUAACUGUGGGUGAAAUUGGCUGCUUCUUGAGUCAUUAUUUCAUUUGGAAAGAGAUUUUGGAAAAGAAAUACGAAUCUACUAUUAUUUUUGAAGACGAUAUUAGAUUCAAACCAAAAUUUAUACAAAAAUUUAAACAAGUUAUGGAAAAAGUAAGAAAAGAGAAAAUCUCAUGGGAUUUUAUUUAUUUAGGAAGACAGCGAGUGGAGGAGAAAGGACCGGAGGAACUCGUGAUAUUAGAAAAUGACAGUGGUCCUAACUUGGUGAAAGCAGAUUUUUCUUACAGAACCAUAUCUUACGUGAUAUCCUACGCUGGGGCAAAAAAAUUAAUCGAUGCCGAACCGUUAAGUAAAAUCAUUGCAGUGGAUGAGUUUCUUCCAGUCAUGUAUGGUAAACAGCCCUUAGCGUAUAUCAAUGAUUAUUUUCCAACAAAGAAUCUCAAUGCUCUUGCAUUCGAACCAACCAUUGUGAAACAGACACACUAUGCUAAUGAUGAUCAUUUUAUUAGCGAAACCUCAUUUUCGAAAUUGGUCAGUGAUAUCCUGGAUUAGCUACACAGACCUGUGGAGAAAAAUCCAACAAUCCUAAUUCAUAAACCCACUUAUACUCCGGAUUUAUAAAAUUAUUUGACUCCGACGUUGAAACACAACUCACACAAGUGAAAACUGAUUUAAAUGAUAGAUUGACAAGCAAUUUGUACUCCGGGUCAAUAAAAUUCGAAUCCGAGGUCAAUUUAUCAUGACAAAACAGUUUUUAAUGUUAAAAACUCAGAUGUUUCGACAUUAAAAUUCCCUUGAAAAAUUCCUAAAUCUAAAAUCAAUAUGUCAGAACGUCAAAAUUUUGACUCGAUCUUCGAACAAUUCGUAAAUACAACCACAGUUCAGAUUCGAAUGCCAUCAAAAAGCUGCUUAGAUCCUCCUUCGCAAUCUCUUUGCUGCCACUUAAAUUUUUGUAUAUUUAGGUUUCGACCCUAGACAUUAUGAAAACACAAUAACAACCCGGAAGUCUAGAGCCGUCAAACAAUCAAAAAAUUCGAAUUAAUGCUCCAAAGUUGUUAUGGAAACUUUCAAAACAAAAUUGAACCGUAAACAAACAACCACGAAAAAGAGUAAAACAUAUUUAUUUAUCAUGCCAUAUUCAUUUUUAGGAGAGUUUGCGAUUGAAUAUGCGUCAAAUUGAAUAAUUGAAAACAAGCUUGCUUUGUUGAAAAUGAUUUGAAGCCACUUGGAAUUUAUACUUUUAUAUUUAUUUAUUUCUGUAUGUCAAUUAUAUUCAUAUGCUAAUAUUGUUUGAUAAUAGCAAUUUUUACAAAGUACAACCUGGUCUAAUGAUGUAGCUUUGUUUUAUUACCGUUUCUGUUUAUUUUCAAAGUCUACAAUGCUGAAUGAAAAUAAACGCGGAAAAGAAUAAUUUUCCUAGAUUAUAACAAAAGAUACCAAUGCACAAGUACAAUGUGAAAUGUCCUAUGUUACUUCAUUGCAAAUAUAUCUCGGCGAAAUGGUAUUUGAGAUUCACGCUCAUAAUUUUCCCUGAUACAGUGUUCCCCAAACCAGUGAGGUUCUGAGGGAGGAUAUUUUACUAUUUUGCAUUUGCUAAUGUUUUUGGUUUAUUUGGUUUUAUCAUAAAUACAUAUACAGUAUAUGCACAUAUCAUGAACUUAUAAAAACGCACAGAGGCCAGAGUAAAAACGCGUAUCACUCACUUAUGAUCUAUUGAAGAGUGAAUAACAUAGGAAAAUAAAGUUGAUGUGCAAUGAAAGAGGAAUGAAGAGUUAUAAAAUAGGGAUGAAUCAAUCAACAAAGUUGCAAACCAAUGACGCAUAUAAACGGUUUAAAAUAGGGGUGCGUAACAAGUAGCCGCGGACCACAAACCGGCCCUCCAGGUCAUUUAAUGUGGCCCCGGUCCCGGGUCAACACUCCUAUCAAGCAUAAAAUUCUAAUCCACAAGUUUACGUUUAAAAAACGCUCAUAUGAGUAAGAAUACAUAUUUUUUGCCUUCGUCGCUGCGUUAAAAAACUAAACUUUGAUGUCUGAAGUUGUUAAUACGGACCGCAUACAAAACAUGUUGCACACCCCUGGUUUUAACAUGUUGCAUUAGUGACAAGUUGUAUUUGCAUUUUUAUACCUUCGAAAAAGCUGAAAUCAUGUAUAGUUGUUUCACAAAGAUAUUAUUGGAUACGAAA